AGCAGACGCCGCGGCGGGGCCGGGACCCGCCCGGAGGCGCGCGGCGCAAGCCAGUGGCAGAGCCAUGGCGGGCGGGGAAGAUCGCGGGGACGGGGAGCCGGAAUCCGUGGUGACCGUGCGGGUGCAGUACCUGGAGGACACCGAUCCCUUCUCAUGUGCCAACUUCCCGGAGCCGCGCCGGGCCCCCACCUGCUGCCUUGAUGGGGCGCUGCCCCUGGGUGCGCAGAUACCCGCGCUGCACCGCCUGCUGGGGGCGCCGCUCAAGCUAGAGGACUGUGCCCUGCAAGUGUCUCCCUCUGGAUACUACCUGGACCCUGAGCUGUCCCUGGAAGAGCAGCGGGAGAUGCUGGAAGGCUUCUAUGAAGAGAUCAGCAAAGGGCGGAAGCCUACGCUGAUCCUGCGGACCCAGCUCUCUGUGAGGGUCAGUGCCAUCUUGGAAAAGUUGUAUGGCUCCAGUGGCCCCGAGCUCCGCCGCUCCCUCUUCUCACUAAAGCAGAUCUUCCAGGAGGACAAGGACCUGGUGCCUGAAUUUGUGCACUCAGAGGGGCUGAGUUGCCUGAUCCGUGUGGGUGCUGCUGCCGACCACAACUACCAGAGCUACAUCCUCCGAGCACUAGGCCAACUGAUGCUUUUUGUGGACGGGAUGCUAGGGGUGGUGGCCCACAGUGAGACCGUGCAGUGGCUGUACACACUGUGUGCCAGCCUGUCCCGCUUGGUGGUGAAGACGGCCCUGAAGCUGCUCCUGGUGUUUGUGGAAUACUCUGAGAAUAACGCACCACUGUUCAUCCGCGCAGUCAACUCUGUGGCCAGCACCACCGGUGCUCUUCCGUGGGCUAAUCUGGUGUCCAUCCUGGAGGAGAAGAAUGGUGCUGACCCCGAGUUGUUGGUGUAUACAGUCACCCUCAUCAACAAGACACUGGCAGCGCUCCCAGACCAGGACUCCUUCUACGAUGUGACGGAUGCAUUGGAGCAGCAGGGCAUGGAGGCACUAGUCCAGCGCCACUUGGGCACUGCGGGCACUGACGUCGAUCUGCGUGCCCAGCUUGUGCUCUACGAGAGUGCCCUGCGACUGGAGGAUGGAGACAUCGAGGAAGCCGCCCCAGGUGGGCGGCGGGAGCGCCGAAAGCCGUCUUCAGAGGAGGGCAAGAGGAGCCGCCGAUCUCUAGAAGGCGGGGUCUGCCCUGUGCGCACCUCGGACCCUGGCCCCGCAGGCCCCGCCUCACCGACAGGCCCCGCCUCCAGCCCCACAAGCCCCGCCUCGCCGCUAGCCCCGACCUUGUCCUCUACCGGCCCUGCCUCACCGACAGGCCCCGCCUCUAGCCUGGUGGGCCCUGCCUCUGGCCUCGGUACCUCGGUGAGCCUCUUUCCUACCAUCUCCGUGGCGCCCUCAGCCGACAGUUCCUGCGAGAGGAGCAUCUACAAAGCCCGGUUCCUGGAGAAUGUGGCAGCAGCAGAAACAGAGAAGCAGGCUGCGCUGGCCCAAGGCCGGGCAGAGACACUGGCUGGGGCCAUGCCUGAUGAGGCCGACGGGCACCCAGACACCCAGAAACUAUGGGACUCUCCAGAACCAGCCCCUGCACCCGGAACACCCCAGAGUCCUGCCCCCCGAGUCCUACUCCGGGCCCAGCAGAGCCUUGAGCCAGAGCCCAAGGAGCCACUGGCCCCACCAAGCCCCAAGGUUGAGCCCGUCCGGGAAUUUCCUAUCCGUGUACCCAAGCUCUGCAUUGGAGACCUGGACUUCUCAGAUCUGGGGGAGGAAGAAGACCAGGAUGUGCUGAACACAGAGUCUGUAGAGGCUGGGAAAGGGGUCCCGCCCCCACCACCCCCACCGCCUCUGCUCUCUGGAGGAGCCCCACCUCCUCCGCCCCCACCUCCCCCACCCAUCAAAGGCCCAUUUCCACCACCUCCACCCCUGGCUGCCCCUCCUCCUCCCUCAGUACCUGAUGGCCCAGCCCUCCCCACCAAGAGGAAGACAGUAAAACUCUUCUGGCGGGAGCUAAAGCUGGCUGGAGGCCAUGGAGGCUCUGGGAGCCGCUUUGGGCCCUGCCCCACCCUGUGGGCCUCACUGGAGCCUGUCUCAGUGGACACAGCCCGGCUAGAACACCUGUUCGAGUCCCGUGCCAAGGACGUGCUGCCUUCCAAGAAAGCUGGUGAGGGCCGCCGGACAAUGACCACAGUGCUGGAUCCCAAGCGCAGCAAUGCCAUCAACAUUGGCCUAACCACACUGCCACCUGUGCAUGUCAUCAAGGCUGCCCUGCUCAAUUUUGAUGAGUUUGCUGUCAGCAAGGAUGGGAUUGAGAAGCUACUGACCAUGAUGCCCACGGACGAGGAGCGGCAGAAGAUCGAGGAGGCCCAGCUGGCCAAUCCUGACAUACCCCUGGGCCCAGCUGAGAAUUUCUUGAUGACUCUUGCCUCCAUCGGGGCCCUGGCUGCUCGCUUACAACUCUGGGCCUUCAAGCUGGACUAUGACAGCAUGGAGCGGGAAAUUGCAGAACCACUAUUUGACCUGAAAGUGGGUAUGGAACAGCUGGUGCAAAAUGCCACCUUCCGCUGCAUCCUGGCCACCCUGCUGGCUGUGGGUAACUUCCUCAAUGGCUCCCAGAGCAGCGGCUUUGAACUGAGCUACCUGGAGAAGGUGUCAGAGGUGAAGGACACGGUGCGCCGGCAGUCACUGCUGCACCAUCUCUGCACCUUGGUGCUCCAGACCCGGCCUGAUUCCUCCGACCUCUACUCAGAAAUCCCCGCCCUGACCCGUUGUGCCAAGGUGGACUUUGAGCAGCUGACUGAGAACCUGGGGCAGCUGGAGCGCCGGAACCGGGCAGCUAAGGAGAGUCUGCGGAGCUUGGCCAAGCAUGAGCUGGCCCCAGCCCUGCGUGCCCGCCUCACCCACUUCCUGGCCCAGUGUGCCCGCCGUGUUGACAUGCUGCGGGUAGUGCAUCGCCGUGUCUGCAACAGGUUCCAUGCCUUCCUGCUGUACCUGGGGUACACGGCACAGGCAGCUCGUGAAGUGCGCAUCAUGCAGUUCUGCCAAACGUUGCGGGAGUUCGCACUGGAGUAUCGGACUUGCUGGGAACGGGUGCUGCAGCAGCAGCAGAAGCGGGCCACAUACCGUGAGCGCAACAAGACCCGGGGACGCAUGAUCACCGAGACAGAGAAGUUCUCAGGUGUGGCUGGGGAAGCCCCCAGCAACCCAUCCGUCCCAGUGGCUGUGGGCAGCGGGCCAGGCCGGGGUGAUGCCGACAGUCAUGCCAGCAUGAAGAUUCUGCUGACCAGCAAGCCUGAGGACACCACACAUGGUCGCCGCAGCAGAGGCAUGGUCCAGAACAGCUCCCCAGUCAUGCCCACAGCAGUGGGGCGCUCCACUCUACCCCCAGAAGAACCUCCAGGCUCCAGUUUACCCAGUGACACUUCAGAUGAGAUCAUGGACCUGCUAGUGCAGUCAGUGACCAAGAGCAGUCCUCGUGCCUUAGCUGCUCGAGAACGCAAACGUUCCCGUGGCAACCGCAAGUCUUUGAGGCGGACGUUGAAGAGCGGGCUCGGAGAGGACCUGGUGCAGGCACUGGGACUGAGCAAGGGUGCUGGCCUGGAGGUGUGAAGGCGCUGCCACCAGGACACCUAUCUGGGCCCUGAUCUGCAGUACAAGAGACUAUAGAGUGAGGAGGGAGCAGAGCAGAAGUCUGGGCCUCUUCUCAACUCUAGGGCCACUCUGUGCCCAGGGGCCAGUGCCUUGAGCAGUAUUAGCUGUGUGCAUGGGUGUGCGUGUACGUGUAUGCAUGUAUGAGCUCCCUGAAUGCGUGGAGCAUAAUAAAGUCUUCCUAGCCAAUCCAAGAGCUCUUUUCUUCUUUCAAGG